AUGGGCGCCAUUAAGCUUGACGGCACUGCCAUUGCCAAGGCGAUUCGCGAGCGUCUCGGUGCUGAAAUUGUCGAGAAGCAGAAGCUCAACCCUCGAUUCAAGCCCUGCCUCAAGAUCAUCCAAGUUGGUGAUCGCUCUGACUCUUCCACCUAUGUUCGCAUGAAGACCAAGGCCGCCCAAGAGGCUGGUAUUGCUAGCGAAUUGAUUCAUCUUCCUGAAUCUAUCAGCGAGCCUGAGCUCCUGGACCAGAUCUACCGCCUGAACAAUGACCCUUCAGUCAACGGUAUCCUGGUCCAGCUCCCCGUCCCUAAACACAUCUCUGAGUAUGUUAUUACAUCCGCCGUGGCAGAUGAGAAGGAUGUCGAUGGCUUCGGCACCAAGAACAUCGGAGAGCUCGCUAAGCGAGGAGGAAACCCCCUUUUUGUCCCCUGCACUCCCAAGGGCGUCAUGUUCCUGCUCAAGGAGUCUGGCGUUGACCUGAAGGAAAAGAAUGCCGUUGUUGUUGGUAGAAGCGACAUUGUUGGAAGCCCCGUGAGCUACCUGUUGCGUAAUGCCGACGCUACCGUCACUGUCUGCCAUUCCAAGACUGUCGGCCUCCAGGACUUUGUCAAGGGCGCCGACGUUGUUGUCGCCGCCAUUGGUGUUCCUAGGUUCAUCAAGGGCGAGUGGCUGAAGCCCGGUGCCGUCGUUAUCGACGUCGGAACAAACUUCAUUCCUGACGCGAGCAGGAAGUCUGGAUCUAGACUCGUCGGUGACGUCGACUUCGACUCCGCCGUUGAAGUUGCUUCCGCCAUCACUCCCGUGCCUGGCGGUGUUGGUCCUAUGACUGUGGCCAUGCUGAUGCAGAACGUGGUUGAUGCUACAACCCUCUACUUUGAUGCUCAGAAACUCAGGAAGACUAUUCCCCUUCCCCUGAAGCUUCAAGACCCUGUCCCCUCAGACAUUGCUGUGUCGCGAGGUCAGACCCCCAAGCAGAUUACCAGCAUUGCAGCCGAGGUAGGAAUUGCUCCCAACGAGUUGGAGCCUUAUGGCGCAUACAAGGCCAAGGUCGAUCUCAGCCUGCUCAAGAGACUCGAGCACCGACGCAAUGGCCGCUAUGUUGUCGUGACUGGCAUCACCCCCACUCCCCUGGGUGAGGGCAAGUCUACCACGACUAUGGGCCUGGCCCAAGCCUUGGGCGCUCAUCUUGGACGGUUGACCUUCGCCAACGUUCGACAGCCCAGCCAAGGUCCUACCUUCGGAAUCAAGGGUGGUGCUGCCGGUGGAGGUUACAGCCAGGUCAUUCCCAUGGACGAAUUCAACCUGCAUCUGACAGGUGACAUCCACGCCAUUACUGCCGCCAACAACCUUCUCGCGGCUGCCAUUGAGACUCGAAUCUUCCACGAGAACACCCAGAAGGAUGGCCCCCUAUACAAGCGAUUAGUGCCUGUUAAGAAUGGCAAGAGACAGUUCGCCCCUAUCAUGUUCCGCCGACUGAAGAAGCUCGGCAUUGACAAGACGAACCCUGAUGAUCUAACCGAAGAUGAGAUCCACCGAUUUGCUCGCCUUGACAUUGACCCUGAGACCAUUACCUGGAGACGCGUGCUUGAUGUCAACGACCGUCACCUUCGAGGCAUUACCGUCGGCACUGCCCCGACUGAGAAGGGCCAGACUCGCGAAACUGGCUUCGAUAUUUCCGUUGCUAGCGAGUGCAUGGCUAUUCUUGCCCUUAGCACCAGCCUGGAUGAUAUGCGGGAACGCCUCGGCCGCAUGGUUGUUGCUACUUCUCGCGGUGGCGACCCUGUUACCUGCGACGAUAUCGGUGCCGGUGGUUCCUUGACCGCCCUGAUGAAGGAUGCCAUUAAGCCCAACCUGAUGCAGACUCUCGAAGGUACCCCCGUGUUCGUCCACGCUGGACCUUUUGCCAACAUCAGCAUCGGACAGAGCUCUAUUCUGGCCGACAAGCUCGCACUCAAGCUUGCAGGCACUGAGCCUGAUGAGGACCACGACACGAAGGCUGGUUUCGUCGUUACCGAGGCGGGCUUCGACUUCACCAUGGGUGGUGAGCGUUUCUUCAACAUCAAGUGCCGUACCUCUGGCCUGGUCCCUGACGUUGUCGUCGUUGUUGCAACCGUCAGAGCCCUGAAGGUCCACGGCGGUGCUCCCCCGAUUGCCCCUGGCGCUGCCCUUAGCGCCGUCUAUAAGGAGGAGAACGUCGAUAUCCUCCGCGCUGGCUGCGUCAACCUCAAGAAGCAGAUUUCCAACGCCAAGUCGUUCGGCAUCCCCGUUGUUGUCGCCAUCAACAAGUUCUCGACCGAUACCGAUGCCGAGAUCGCCGUGCUCCGCGAGGAAGCUAUCGCUGCUGGUGCUGAGGAUGCUAUUCUGGCUAACCACUGGGCCGAGGGUGGCAAGGGUGCUGUAGACUUGGCUCGAGGCGUCAUCGCUGCCAGUGCGAAGCCCAAGGAUUUGUCUCUAACGUAUGAUCUUGAGGGCACCGUGCAGAGCCGCCUCGAGGCCAUCGGCCAGAAGAUGUACGGCGCCGCAGCUGUCGAGUUCAGCGAGCUGGCGCAGAAGAAGGUUGACACCUACACCCGCCAAGGGUACGGAAACCUCCCUAUCUGUGUGGCCAAGACGCAGUACUCGCUGUCUCACAACCCUGAUCUGAAGGGUGCCCCGACCGGCUUCACGAUCCCCAUCCGCGAUGUUCGGAUGGCUGCCGGUGCUGGAUAUCUGUAUGCACUGGCAGCGGAUAUCCAGACUAUCCCUGGUCUGCCUACUGCUCCCGGCUACCUCAAUGUCGAUGUCGACACCGAGACCGGUGAGAUUGACGGCCUCUUCUAA